AUGGCCGACUCGCUUCCGCCCAUAUCUCUCGCCAUUGGUGGCGGCAAGGCAUGGGACGACCGUGAGCUCGUCAACGCCUACGACGCUGCCCUUCUCGAGUUCCAUAUUCACAAUCCAGGCCCUGGUUCGUGGCUCGACAAGGCAACGGCCGCGCUGGCAAAAGGCCAACCUUUGCCUGGCGCUACUGACUUUGGCACUGCGUGGUACUCUGCAUCCAAGCCUGAAGAAGAGGAGGAGGAGCCGGAGGAGCCCCCAAAGAAGAAGGCCAAGAAGACCAAGCAGAAGAACCCUUAUGCGUCGACGGGCAAGCCCGCUGCGGACGCGGCGCCAUCAAGUCCCACGUACCAGCCUGUUUCACCAGGAGGGUACGACACUGUCGAAUGGCCACCCACUGAGGAGAACGAGGAGGAAGUUGAAGACGAUGAUGAGGGCAACGGCGAUGAGUGGCAGGGGUACGACGGGUACGGGGGAGCAGACGAUGCUGGGCAUGUCUUCCCCGCACCAGCCAGGCAGUGGCCUGGAGGCAACCCUGUUGGGCGCGACGAAGCGAUCGGGUACGCCCUCCACGCGCAAUACUGGGCUGGGUACUGGAUGGGUAUCGCCGCUGCGGGCCGAUCCAGCAAUGGCGAGGCGACCGAGAGCACGGGAGCAGCAGCGCCGCGCGGCAAGAGUCGCGCCUCGCAGUGCGAUCUGCGGCGCUAG